GGCAGUAGGGUUUGGUUGCUUGAGCUGCAGGGCGGGCCAUUCGCUCCGGUGCUCCGUUCUUCCCGAUUUCUGCCCCGACCCUCUUCGUCUUCUUCUUCUGAUCGAUCGAUCGAUCGCGCUCGCGCUUCGUCUUUCAAAUCGUGCCAGGGUUCAUCGGAGGGUCCAAAUUUUCGAUCAUGACUGGGAAGCAGCCGUAUGUCGGGCAGGGACUCGAAGCUCCUCACGCCUUCACCCUUAUGCCUGGUCCUACCAAGCAUACACAAUACCCUUACGUCACAGGAACUUCAGUGUUAGGAAUCAAGUACAAGGAUGGUGUCCUCAUUGCUGCUGAUACAGCAGCUUCAUACGGCUCUACUGUCAGGUACAAGAGCGUGGAGCGCUUGAAGGCUUGUGGAAAGCAUUGCCUGAUCGGUGCAAGUGGGGAGAUCAGUGACUUCCAGCAAAUUCUUCAAUAUGUUGAUAAGUUAAUUUUGAAUGAUUACAUGUGGGACGACGGAAACAACUUGAGCCCCAAGGACAUCCACAAUUACCUGACGCGAAUUAUGUACAAUAAGCGAAACAACUUCGAUCCACUCUGGAACACUCUUGUCCUUGGGGGAGUGAAGAAUGGGGAAAAGUAUCUUGGAGUGGUCACCAUGAUAGGAGUACAAUACGUGGACAACCACGUCGCCUCCGGGUUUGGAAACCACCUGGCCCGCCCUAUCUUUCGAGAUGAAUGGCAUGAAAAUUUGACACUAGAGGAAGGUAUCCAAUUGCUCGAGAAGGCACUGACAGUACUGUUCUACCGAGAUCGAAGCGCAAUCAACAAAGUCCAGGUUGCGAACAUUACCGAGGCAGGCAUCAACAUCUCGGAGCCGUACGCAUUGAAAACAAAUUGGGAUUAUAACGCGUUCAAGAACCCGACCGUCGGAGCUGAAGGAUCUUGGUGAUCACGCGCACAUAGGUCUUGUUAGUUAUUGUGGAAUACAUUCGGUAACCGAGUUGGUACAAGAAGUUGGUUAGUCAGAGCAAGUCGAGAGUCACUGCGGAAGGAUUACUUGGCUUCUCUCAUGGGGCUUAUUUCAUUGCUCCGUGAAGGACACUUCAGUGACGUCACGACCAGUCUUGAGGACAUAUGUAAAGCUUUUUCACUUAGUUUGUCUUUUUCCCGUCAACUCAAGACGUGGCUGAUGUCUGGACUGAUAUCUGAGCUUCUCGACACUUCCACAAUUCUGCAUACGUGGGACUAAAUUGUUAGUAGAGAUAGUAGCUAGGACUCAAUUGGAUGUAUUUAUUAAAACCAUGGCAACCGCUGAUUCACUUUUGCAAUGAUCGGAUCAACUCCUAG